AUGUUCUGUGGGCAGUAUCUGGCGAUAGGGAGGCUGGAUGGCUGCGUGACGAUCGUCGACUUCGAGACCAAGAGGACAAUCAAAUUCUUGAUGGGUCAUGUCAAGCCGAUCACCUCAUUGGACUGGAGCCGUAAUUCUCGCUAUCUGUUGAGCUCGAGUAGAGAUUGGAACGUGAUCAUUUGGGACUUAAACUCCGGUGAGCGCAAGCAGACCGUGCGAUUCGAUGCUCCUGUCACCAGUGCCCAGUUCCAUCCAAUCAACAGAUUUCCAGAAAAUUACUCGUCGUCACUCUUCAAAGUCAAGAGGAAGCGAUUUUUGUGGAUCUUCGCUCUCAAGGUGGAAGAUGGGAAUUGGACGCGCGACAAUCUCACCAGUCUACCAACCCAGACAAAAACCCAUCUACCCACAAGAGCCCGGAAAAGGACCAGGCUUCCUCUGGCAAGCGUGCAUCGCGUCGGAAGAGACAGGCUGCUACCGUUGCUAGAUUCAAUCCCAGUGGUGACCUGA